GCAGGGCAAACGCCUUCGGCCGUGCCUACGGUGCAGUGGUCUUUCGUCAGCGCUUUAGCCUCUAAAACAUGAGCAUAUUGCAAUUUUGGCAAUAGUUUGGACCCAGUUUCUGCUGGGUCUUGUGACUGUGUAGCGCUCUGAGUGUUGGCUAAGCUUCUUGCCCUUGAUCCCUAACAUAUUUUCACUAUUAAAUUGUGAAGGAAGAUGAGUUCCUGCUAGAAAUUUCCAAAGUUAAGUUCACGUUGACGGUAUGGAAAAAAUUCUGUAGCAUUUGCAGUGUGUCUUAUGAAAGAGACAUUUUCAAGUAUAGCUAGUUUAUAAAUGAUUUCCAGAUCACUUCAGGCAAUACGCUUUUAGAAGGCAGUUAUCAAUGCUUUAGUUUCAUAGUGAAGGUAAGGAUUAACAGCCCACAAGGCAAAUAAGUGUUUCAGUGCAACAUCCCUCCCGACCUACUCACUAUUUAAUGUCAAUUCGCAUUACAGGUAGCGUUGCCCUUUCAGCUCAUAUUUUAAAAUCUGUUUAUUCUGGUUUAUUUAUUAUUAUCUGCUCUGAUUUCCGUAUGGUAACAGGUUUCCUGCAUUUGGGUGGCCUUCGGACUGCUUUGUACAAUUAUAUUUUUGCCAAAAAGCACCAAGGGACUUUCAUUUUGAGAGUAGAGGAUACAGAUCAAAACCGAGUUGUGCCUGGAGCUGCAGAAGGAAUAGAAGAUAUGCUGGAUUGGGCAGGUAUUCCACCUGAUGAGAGUCCUCGCCGAGGUGGUUCUUUUGGACCCUACCAGCAGUCACACAGACUUGAUCUUUAUAAGAGAGCCAGUGAAGUGCUUUUGGAGAAAGGUGCAGCUUAUCGCUGCUUUUGUACCCCUCAGCGCCUGGAACUGCUGAAGAAGGAAGCUUUGAGGAAUCAGCAAACCCCACGGUAUGACAACCGGUGUCGGCACCUAACAUCCAAAGAAGUGGCUGAGAAGCUGUCACAAGGCUUUGAUUGGGUAGUCCGCUUCCGGCUCGAGAAGGGUGUGGAGCCCUUCCAGGACCUGGUCUAUGGCUGGAGCAAGCAUGAAGUGGCUGAUGUGGAAGGUGAUCCAGUGAUUCUCAAAGGGGAUGGCUUCCCCACUUACCACCUGGCAAAUGUGGUGGAUGACCAUUACAUGGGAAUCAGCCAUGUUUUGCGUGGAACUGAAUGGCUUACUUCAACAUCCAAGCACCUCCUUCUCUACAGAGCCUUUGGCUGGGAUCCUCCUCAGUUUUGUCACCUCCCGCUGCUUCUGAACAAAGACGGUGGUAAACUGUCCAAAAGGCAGGGGGACAUCUUUCUGGAACGUUUUGCUCAGGAUGGCUACUUGCCAGAGGCUCUGCUGGACAUUAUAACCCACUGUGGCUCUGGAUUUGCAGAGAAUCAGAUGGGGAGGACUUUGGAGGAGCUGAUCUUGCAGUUUGAAAUAGGCAGAAUUACGACCCAUUCUGCCCUACUGGAUCUUGAAAAACUCCCAGAAUUCAGCAGGAUUCACCUCACCCGCCAUAUCGAGAAUGAGGGGCUACGACAGAAGUUAGUUAGAGAGUUGCAGUUGCUGGUGGAGCAUGCCUUUGGGGAUCAACGUGUGGAUAAAGAUGUUCUAGAAAAGGAUUAUGUGGAACGAGUGCUUCUGCUGAGAAAAGGCCACAUCAGUCUCCUGAAAAACCUGGUGUCAUCUGAUUAUUCUUACUUGUGGGUUAGGCCCUCUGUGUCCCGAGAGCAGCUACAAACUAUUUCUGCAGAAGCUGAUGAAAUAGGAAAACUAGUCACAGGGCUCAUGACAAGGCAGGCAGCUGUUUUGACUGUGGAGGAGUUGAACAAAGACCUGAAAAGCCUCCAGAAGCAAACUAGAGAGACUACAUACAGCAGCAUGAUGAAGCUCCUUCGCUUGGCGCUCACUGGAAAGCAGCACGGACCAAGCGUUGCUGAAAUGAUGGUGACUUUGGGACCCGCGGAAGUGUGUGAAAGGAUGCACAAAGCACUAUCUAGCUAAUAAGAGACAGAAAUGACACCAGCAGCCAUCCCUGGGAUUCAGAUGAUGUAGGCACCACGGGUCGUUGUCCUAGACCCAUAUGUUGCUGUCACAGUAUGAUUAUCUUUGAUCAGAUGAUUUGGGCUUUGGACCAAGCAGGUGUCACCAUGACUUUUCCAGGUCUGUAUCUAUCUACACUUAAGCAUAAGACAGUUUAUACAGGAGAGGAACUAAGUACGGAUUUAAGUCUGCCCUUGUGCUUUCCUCCUGUGGAAACAACCUGAUUUUCAGAUUGGGAUAAAAAGAUUUUUACCUGCCUUUCACGUUCAGAUCCAGACCAUGUGGAGAGCAACUAUGUUAUUUCUGAUACCAGCAUGGUUUUUCUCAAGCAAUCGGUCUCUUUUUGGAGGGGGCCUCACAACCGGGGGAGCUGCAGUCACAACUGAUAGGUCCCCAGCAAAUGGCAGAAGGAGAGGCUUCAGGGGUGAAGAGCUAAUGCCCUCUUAACCACUGCACUGUAUCCUGCCAGCCUGUGUGAGGAGGACCAUAUAGGGGAGAGCCCUUGGCUGCUUGUCCCUGUGAACUGCAUUUGUCAUGUGUAGUUCGGCUAAAAAUAUCCCCACCGGUAGGUUUGUUUUUCCUCUUUUGGAUGGGUGAUGAUGCAUCUCUCCUUUUUAUUUAAUUCUUUCCCCUGUAUGUGUCCCUCUGCCUGGUAAUGGAGGAGGAAAAAAAGGCAGGGAUAUUUUACAAUGACGUUCCGUGUCGAUAGUCUGUAACUCCAUGCUAUAAUAAAACCUGUGGGCUUUUC